AUGGACAAUCUACUACAGGGAAACGCCCCUCCUGGCGUCGGCGAUGCGACCGCCAGCAUUCCUGGAUAUGGCAUGAUAGCACAGGUCAUGCUCGGAGCGUUCGGUGUGGAUGUCGGCCAGAUAGUCUCGAUCUAUCUCCUGCUCUUCGGCUUCUACCAGGGUGGUCUUAUGUUAUGGCACAAGGCUUGCGAUUACUUCUUAAAUAACGCCACCUCCACUGUGAGAAUCGACGACAACGACAUACUCUAUAGUCAGUUCAUGAGCUGGGUUUCCACACAACAGGUUACUGCGAACAGUCGUGACCUCAAGGCCUCUUCUUCCGUUCACGUUACAUCAUACGAUGAUUCGGACGAUGAGGACGACGACGAUUUGCUCAAUGAGGAAGGCCUGUUUGACUACGAGAAGUGGUCUAGCGUCAAGCCCGUCCACUACGAACCGAACUUCGGCGUUGACAGGCUCUAUCAUAACGGCCACUGGAUUCAGUUUGAGAAGGGAGAGAAGGAGAACAAGUACAACCAUCGCUGGGAGUCGCAUGUCGAGAUCCGCUGCAUUGGGCGUAGCACGCAGCCCAUCAAGGAUUUGCUCGCCGACAUCAAAGAGCUUUCGCGCAGGAAGAAAACCAACAAUACGUGGAUCUACCGUCCAGACACGCGCAGCGAGGGAUACUGGACUUGUCAAGCUGUACGUCCAUCCCGGCCUAUGAGCACUGUCUCACUCGACAUGGAACAAAAGAAGCAAAUUGUGCAAGAUGUGAACGAGUACCUUCACCCUGUUACAGCCCAAUGGUAUGCUGCCCGAGGUAUCCCCCAUCGUCGAGGCUAUCUCUUCCACGGCCAGCCCGGUACCGGCAAAACAUCUUUGUCUUUUGCUCUAGCCGGUAUUUUCGGGCUAGGCAUCUACUGUGCUUCACUCAGCGAUGACGAUAUUUCAGAGUCUCGGCUUUCUGCUCUUUUCGAUGCACUUCCUACACGCUGUCUCGUUCUUCUAGAGGACAUCGACUCUGCCGGUGUUCGUCGCGACGAGUCCUCUGAUGAUACAGAUUCCGAUGAUGAGUCAGACUCAGAGUCAGAGAAGAGCGAGCGAAAUAGCAAAUCACUACUUGGGCGACUGACCCAACGCACACGCGCGUCAGAGGCUGUGGAGAAGAAGACUGAAAAGAAGGGGAAUAUCAAGGAGAAGGGAAAGAAGGGAAAGGGCAACAUCAGUUUGGCUGGCCUCUUGAACGUCAUUGAUGGUGCCGCAUCUGCUGAAGGACGAGUGUUGAUCAUGACCACCAACUAUCCGGAGAAGUUAGACUCAGCUCUGAUACGGCCUGGACGAGUCGAUCUCCAGACCAAGUUCACGCUCGCCACUCACGAGCAGAUCCGCGCCAUUUUUACCCGCAUGUACAGUACCGACAACGAUGUGAAGAAGAAGCAGAAGAAGGAGGGCGACGGCGAGCAUGCCUGCAAAGACUGCACACACUGUUCGACUAAGCACGGCACGUCAUCUUCAAUUGCUGUCGAGCUGGCACCCGAGAAACUCGCAGAACUCGCGGAGAAAUUCGCCCAAGAGCUUCCUGAUGUUACGCUUUCGCCUGCUGAGAUCCAGGGCUAUCUUUUGAAGAAGAAAACUGAUCCGGACGGAGCGGUUGCGGGGGCUAAGGAGUGGAAGGACAAGGUAUUGGAGGCGAAGAAGAAGGGUAAGAAGGUGGUUGAUUAG